GCGACGCCACCGAGCCGGGUACAAGAGCUGGGGCGAGGGCAGGGACGCACAGUAAGCAAGAUCGGGACAUCCAAAGGGAGUCUGAGGAGAGUCGUCAGUCACCAUGUCUGAGUCACCGAGCAGAACCCGUCAGAUCCCCUGCAGUGGGAAGCUUUGCCGGAACCUCUUUGGGCCUGUGGACCAUGAGCAGCUGAAGCAGGAUUGCCAAGACUUGAUGCAGAGUUGCACCCAGGAGGCCCAGCGCCGAUGGAACUUUGACUUCAUCACCGAGACCCCCCUGGAAGGCGACUUUGCCUGGGAGAGGGUCCGAGGCCUGGAUCUGCCCUCCAUCUAUCGCCCUUCAGGGCCAUGGGGCAGGGAGGACCUGGGGGGAAAGAGGCCAAAGCCCCGGCCUAGCUCCCCAGCCCUGCUACAGAUGUCCGCCCAGGGAGACCACGUGGACCUGUCCCUCUCCUGCACCGUAGUACCACUGACCCCAGAGCGGGAGGAAGGGUCCAGGGCUGUGACCUCUCAACCAGCCCGAAAACACAAGCAGACCAGCAUGACGGAUUUCUACCAUUCAAAGCGAAGGCUCAUCUUCUACAAGAGGAAGCCCUGACUUGAUGACUCCAAUUUCUCUCACUCCGGGGUGGGUGCUGAUGACCACCCCAGUUCGGAUACUCUAGCUUUUUGUUCGUCAGUGUGUGUGUGUUUUAAUUAUUGUUUGUAUUUUAAUUUAAACUACUCUUUGUAUAUAUACGCUGUCUUCAUGCUGGGUGGGCCCUGGCCUCUAUAGCAUGGAGAAUAUUUAAAAAACAAAAAACAAAAAACAAAAAAAAACGACAGUGGAAAGCUAGCUGCGCCCCCGCUGUAUAAGUCGGACUGUCGGGUAUUUUUAUGUUUUGAAACCUUAUUUAAAAUGUCCUUGUCCUAUGUUUCCUCUAUCCUAUAAGAUAGAAUGAAGUUGGCCUCAGGCCAGAGAUUGGUGUAGCUACA